CCACCUGUAACGGUUCGCAGCCACCAAUCCAGAAGCUGUGUGCAGCGUUGUGUAGACGAGACGGCCGCCAUGGGACUGAUGUGGCUAUUGUUUACGUUGAUUGUGCGGUGUGGCUUAGCGUACAAAAUCGGCACGGACGGUAAAAACUGCGGCCAAACGCCCAUUCCACCUCUGCUGGACGAGGAUGACCGCAUUUUCGGUGGAAGCGAGGCCGUGCCAGGAAGCUGGCCAUGGCACGCCGGCAUUUUCACCAAAGAACUUUUCUCAAAGCACAUAUGUUCUGGCGCGCUGAUCUCCGACAGACACGUUGUCACGGCUGCUCACUGUUUGAUGAGGAAGACAUCUAAAAUGUUACUUGUGCAUCUGGGCGCCCACGAUCAGAAUAACGUUGAAGCUGGUGCAAGGACGCUGGAAGUGGCCGAAGUGUGCUUUCAUAAAAAGUACAAACCUCCUCAUGUGAAUGACAUUGCCAUUCUCACAAUGAAAGAAACUGUCAAUUUCACUAAAACGAUUGGUCCAGUCUGCCUACCGGAUUCAAACCACGAACUUCCGGAAAACACAGACACUUACGUGACCGGCUGGGGACAGUAUAAAGCUGACAGCAUUGAAUUAUCGCCUAAGCUUAAACAGCUGCGCACAAGAACCAUGUCGCACAAGACAUGCGUCGAGGACUACGAUUCAGGCAUGCCCGACAGUGUCCUGUGUACCAGUCACGACUUUGGUUCGUCUUGCAAGGGUGACAGCGGAGGCCCUCUCGUGUGGAAUUCCGGAAGUGCAUGGCUUCUAGAAGGUGUGGUUUCUGGUGGACCUGUGAAGUGCGCCAAUCCGGACGACCCACUGCUGUUUACGAAAGUGCCACGUCAAUUGGACACAUUCAUUUUGCCUUACAUUGAAGCCAAGAAUUACACAGAAAAAGCUGGAGUCUGCAAGAUUCUUUAGAGCUCUGCAGCAAACUCAAAUAAAUACUCUCGAACAAUUGCUUGGAGAAGUAUUCUCCUUAUAUGUGUUAUUGGCAUUGAAGGUCAGUAUUCCAGGUAAGCUAUACGUUUAUGGUGGUGAGUGGCAUUAGCAUCGCCAUGCGACAUUUUGAGAGCAAGAGUUGACGUCACCAUAUUGUAGUUGUGCUUG